AUGGAGCUGCUAAUGGCGGCGGGCCUAGGGGCCAAGGAGCUCUUUACAUACAACCGCGAGAACUUCAAGUUUGACCAAGAUCAGAGGAUCGAGCGUGAGUCACUCCGGUUGGAGAUGCAGGUCAAGCGCUUCGAGCUCUUUCGUGAGGAUGUGCGUGACUUAGUGGAGCUGACGGUGGACCGCAUGGAUGUUUACCAUCUCGUGGGUGCCUUGUUCUUGGAGUUUUGCAUCGUGCUCUUUUGCGAGGGCCGGGUGCAGGCUUCAGCUCCCCCAUUCUUGCUGUCACUGUUCCUCUUGUCCAAUGCCUGUGCCUUCAUCUACUUGCUGCUGGCAGUGUGGCUCAGCAUGCAUGCCUCCAUCGCCUCCCACAGCUUUGGUGUGCGCCUGCUCACGCGCUUUGUGCGCCUGCCCAUUCCCAGCAUGAAGCAGAUUACUGGUCUCAGGAGCAACUUGAAGGACUACGAGCGGCAAGGUGUCGCCAAUCUGCUCCGCCUGCCUUUCCAGGACCAGCAGGAGUGGCAACAGGUGCAUGGCGAGGCACAAGGAGGUGUCCCGACUCCGACCCCUCCGGAGGCAGAUGCCCAAGCGAAAGGUUUGAGAAGCAAAGACACAAAGGACACAAAGGACACAAAGGACAGAAAGGACACAAAAGACACAAAAGACACAAAGGACCUUAGAGAGGGUCUCCGGGUGCCUCCCAGACGCCACGAGGAAGCUCCAGGGCCAACAACCUUAGGAAAGCCCAGUGAGGCAGCUGCCUCGGGCUCCUCACAUCCAAGCCUGACCUCGAAUCAGAACCUAUUGCCGGAGCGGGAAGAGACGGUGGUUGGUGGGGAGGAUCUGCUCUCGUGCUCACGAGGGGCGCAGCCAGAGCGGCAUGUGCAGCUCUUUCGACAGCUGCAGUCCAAGUGGCAGUGCUACGACGCCUACUGCAGGGUGUGCAUGGGUUUGGGGGUCAAUCAGAUUCUCCAAGGCCUUAGCUACUAUUGCAUCUGUCACACGCUGGUGGAGAAUCGUUCGCCGACAACUGGCUAUGCACUGGUAACCCUUUUCCAGAGCACGACCAUCGCACUGGCGGUGUUAGAUUUGGCCGGAUUGCGAAGGCGGGAGAUCCUUGCGGUGCAGGUGGUGGGUAUCAUGCCCUGCCUGCUUACAGCCUGGGGUGUCGCGCAUGGCCACCGUCUCGAGAACGGUGUGCUAGACCCCGCGCAGACAUACAUGUUGUCGCCCCUGAGCUUUCUUUGCCAGGUGCUCUGGUUGGAGCUCUGGCUCCGCGUUGCAGCUCCGCACGGCGACGACCAGGCUAAGCUUCCCCGGCGGUUUCGGCAGGUGCUGUUUCUGGAUGUUUUCGGGGAUUCCUCAGGCUGGGACCCGAAGGAUGGUGAUAACAACUGCGAGGACGAUAUCAUCGAGGGUGAGAUGUUCAAGCAGUUGGGGGUCAAAGAGGAGAAAGACGCCGACGAGGAGGCCGAAGAGGCGUUACUGGCUGCGGCCCAAAGGGCCGCCUCGAAGCUGACCAUGGCCCAGUGCGCUGCCCGGCGCUGGAACGCCACACCCUCGUGGGCGUUGUCGACACAGCAGUCCAAGGACCUUGAGGCCGUGCAGGAUCAGUUGAAAAACUGGGGCAGCACCAUCUACACAGAGCUGGAGCGGUGUUGUCGCUUGCGUGGGAUCCCCGAAGCACUCCGCAACCUGGAACGGGAGCUCCGCCCAUGGUCCGAGCUCUCUGCCGAAGAGCAAGCUGCAGAUCCUUUUGCUGGCUGUCUCGUUGGGCCCUUCGAGCACGAUGAUGGGUACCGGACGUCCUGCUACCAUUUUGAAAUCGAGUCGCGGCGAACUCUCUUUGAAGACGCGGCGCGGGAGUGUCCUGGUGCAUUGGUCCUCUCCCUCGAAGCUGUCCGUGCCACCAUGAAGGAUCUGGAGGAAGCAGCUCGCAGCUUGUUGGAGCUGAGGAUCAUGUCAGAUUUGAGGGUCACGAUGCAGCGCCGCCGCCUGCAGAGUGAGCUGGCAAAGAAAUCCAAGCGCCCCCUGCACCGCAGUCUAUCUCCAACCGCGGCAGCGCAGCCUGCUGCAGAUAGUGGCAGAGCGACGAGAGGACAGUUUCCGAACUUGGUUGCGCUUUUCAAGACCCGCCUGCACCAGCGUCGGGGAGAGGAUCGAGAUGCCAACAUAGAGCUACUCCGUCCUGACUCCUCGUCACACGAUGAGGUGACGGACUCUGCAGGCAGUACAGUGGAUCGUGAGCUGCGGGAACCAGGCCACGCAGGCCGAGACCCUACGCUUGUGGCCAUGGCCGGUGCCAAUGCCCAGCACUUUGUGCCGGAGAAGCUUCCGUGGCAGGUGCUCCGCAACAUCACACGCGUGUUGCAACUGUGUUGGCUGUGGUCUGGCCUCAUGGCGUUCCUGAAAGAGGUUCACGUAUAUCAAGUGGACUUCCAGCAGCAUCCAGCUCACGAGCGGCGGUUAUGCGAGGCAAAUACAUGGAGUUUCAACCACCUAGAGGUUGAUUGGCCUCAUGGGAUCUUCUUCCGACCUCAGGGCCUCCUGUGCCCUUCCGGGCUGUUUCACGUGGCGAGCCCCUUUGCGGUGUAUGCUGGGGUCCAAGACGACGGAGCCACGCGAAUGCGCUUAGACGAGGUCUGGCGUGGUCGGCUGCCUUUACUGAGUGCUGCCUGCGCCAGCGACUUUGCCCGCUGCCUUCUCUUGGCGCCAGCAGAGGACCGCAUCGAGGUGUGGCAUCUAGGCCAUCCUCGAGUUGCUUUGACACUUGCAGAUCAUACGCCAUGGUUGCGAGUGGCCGGGGGCAUCACAAGCUGUAGCCAGGUGGCCGCUUUGCUGCCGGAGGAUGCCGUGGCUGACUGGUGCUUGCUGCUCGCCGGGUGGGACGGCCGCCUGAUUCCCGUUGCUGCUGUUCCGCUGCCCGAUAAGCUUGGCGUGCCUGAGCCUACCAAGUUGCAACCAGCCCUGGAUGCUCCGCUACAGGAUCCGUCCAAGGCGGUUGUAGCCUUGCACAUGGAGCAACGUGGGGUGCUUUGGGCACUUCUUUCCACAGGAGAAUUGGAGGCCUGGGACCUGCUGACGUCUCGCAGUUUGGGCCUUUGGAGGACGAGCUUUUCGGAUGCCUCGGGCUUUCGGCCGAUUGCCAUGUGCAAGGACUCCAACUUGGGGUUUCUGGUCCUUGGACACAAUGUCACUGGAGGCGGUGCCAUCAUCGCCAGGGCUCUGCAGCCGGCAGAUACAGAGCUGGCGCGACUUGUAACUUAG